AGAGCCAUGUCUGCAAUGGCUUCCAAUGAAUCCAACCGCGAACGUUUCAUACAGUCUGCUAUUGACGUGGCUCAGAAGUAUGGUUUUGAUGGUCUUGAUCUGGAUUGGGAGUACCCAUCUGGCAAAACGGGCAUGCAAUAUCUUGCUGCCCUCUUUGUUGAAUUGCGCGGGGCAGUUGAUCAGGAAGCUCAUCGAAAGGGCAGAGCAAAGCUUGGGAUUAGUGCAGCUGUUUUCUUUGCUCCGGACUUAAGGUUAAUGUCUCCCUCGCGCAGCCCGUAUCCUGAUGCAGUCAUAGCAAAAAAUGUUGACUUUAUUAACCUAAUGUGCUAUGACUAUGCUGGAGAUUGGAACACAACUCGUACCGGUUCACUUGCCGCACUUUACGGUGGUGAAUACUGUACUAGCUACGGAAUUCAGAAAUGGAUAGAAGCUGGUGUGCCAAGAGAGAAAUUGGUUAUGGGACUUCCAUUGCAUGGUCGGACCUGGAAGUUAAGCGAUCAAAAUAAUCAUGGUAUCGGCGCACCUGCUGUGGGUACAGGUCCUGAAGAUGAUAUCAACAGCAGAGGGUACAUGAAGUACCACAAUGUGGUGACUUUCAAUGAAACCUCAUCAUCUUUCUAAUCCUUAUCCACGGCAGGUUAGUAAAGCUGAUUUUCUAAUGCUUAUGCUUUCUAGAUUUUUCUUUUUGAUAGAAAUAAAAUUUAUUGCUCUUGGUCGAGAAUGUUUUCUUGAUCUUUUGGCAGAAGAUCACAAAUGGCCGUAGAAAACUCAUCAUCUACUUCUAUUCCAUUAUUUGUUUCUCUGACGGUUCUAGAGAUGUAAUCACCUAUUUGGUUAUUAUCUCGUUUAGUAAAAGAAAAAGAACAAUGACUAAAAUUUAAAGAUAAUUGUUUAAUCUCUUUAAUUAAAUUUCGAUUCUCCCACUGAAUGAGUAAAGAGACUCCGUUUAUGCUUUCUAGAUUUGAUUAUGCGCGAAAAGGACUUUCUACUUUAUUUUAUUUUUAGUAAGUUCUACAUGUUAAUGGUUUGACAAACAGCUUCGACGGCAUGGAGGAAUUAAGGAAGCAAAUGCGUGAGGUUUCGAAGAUGUCCUAUCCGUGAUCUAUAUUUAUCUGCUCUAGAUUGCGUUUGAAAUAAGUAUGAGAUAUAUGCAUAUACACUGCUUUGUGUAUCUACUAGUUUUGCAUGUAAUCUUUUCAGUAAGGUGUGGGCUUGUGAUUUUAUUGUAUACCUAGUUUAUCUGUCAAGUCUAC